GGUACGACGAUUGCAUUUAAUCCAACUGAACCAGAAAUAUACUUAAUCGGUACGGUUGAAGGUUAUAUAUUUAAAUGUAAUACGGAAUGGAGUUGUUAUGUUCAGAGAUUUAAAGCUCACGAAAUGCCGAUAAACCGAAUCGAUUUCAACAAAUUCGAUUCAAAUAUAUACCUUACCUGUAGUGAAGAUUUCGUUAUUAAAUUGUGGGAAGACAAAUCCGAAGUUCCAUUGAUAAUCUUCGACCUUCAGACGGGUUUGACGGACGUGCGUUGGUCACCAUUCUCUAGUUCAGUAUUCUGUGUUAUCACUGUGGACUGUCGUGUUCUUUUUUACGAUUUAGACGUGAGCACUAAAAAUUGCGUUUGUGAACAGCUCAUACACCCCACAGAGAAAUAUCGACUCGUUCGAUUAGCUUUUGACAGACGAGUACCAAUGAUUGUGGUUGGAAGUUCGAGGGGUACUAUUGUUACGUAUAAAUUGUCACCAAAUCUUCGUGCAAUUAUGAAGUCUCCAAAGAAAGGAGUUCAGAUUCCUACAGAAACGCUAGAGUUGGAAAAAUUGCAUACAGUGUUGAAUUCUGUUAGGGAAUAAAAGAUUCUGAUACUAAUCGUUUUCUGAACCUGAUAUUAAUUCUGUUUAUUCAUUUAAUUAAGUAGACGAGGAUAGG